UAGACAGACCGGGGCCAGUCAUGGAGCCUGAGCUGAACUGCAGCUCCCACUGUGAUUCCCCUCUGUGCUUCAUCCAUGCAGGGGUCAACAGGCAGGAGGGUCUUGACAUUCUGCAGAGACUAUGCAGCCUCAGCACACUGGCAGUGGAGCUCCCGAGGCGCUCGCUCUCCCCGGUGCUCAGUGCUGUGGUGUGGAUGCUGCUCUCCGGUGGCAUUCUGCUGGCCUUCUGCUUCCUCCUCUUCACGCUGCGCUUCAAGAACAACAGGAUAGUGAAGAUGUCCAGUCCUAAUCUGAACAUCCUGACUCUGGUGGGGAGUCUCCUCACCUACAGCAGUGGCUUCCUAUUUGCCGUGGAUGAACGCACGCACUGGCACGGUGGAGCAUCUUCGGCUGUGAUCCAAGCUCGGACGUGGACCCUGUGUGUCGGGAGUACCCUGGUGUUCGGCCCGAUUUUGGGGAAGACGUGGAGACUGUACCGGGUUUUCACCCAGCGACUGCCCGACAAGAGAGUGAUCAUCCGAGACAUCCAGCUGAUGGGCUUGGUGGCUCUGUUGAUCCUGGUGGACCUGCUGGUUCUCACCUUCUGGAACCUCACAGACCCCAUCAGGUGUUCACGGUCUGUGGCAGCUGCUGUCAAGGUGGUGGACAGAGACGUUUCCUACACAUUGUCACAGAUGGACUCUUGCUCUUGUGCCUACUCAGAUCUAUGGGCCAUCAUUAUUGCUGUUCAGAAGGGCAGUCUCCUCCUCUAUGGCACUUACCUGGCUGGGUUGACCAGCAACGUCAGCCACCCUCCAGUCAACCAGUCUCCCACCAUCAUAACCGCCGUCACCCUGGUCACCCUCUCCUCGGCCGUGGUCAUCCCUGUGUCCGUCUUCUUGCACGCUUGGCCCAACCUGGUCUACAGCACCGUGGCUGGAGCCAUCUUCAUGUGCACACUAGCCACUAACUGUAUGCUGUUUGUGCCUCAGCUGACCCAGUGGCGGCAGUUUGAAGAGGAUCAGAACAACCCGGGUCAGAUGGCGAAGUAUUUCAGCAGCCCCAGUAAGAGCCAGCCGUCUGCGUACAGCCAGGAUGAGAUCUACUACCUGCUGGGAGAGAACAACUCCAUGAAAAAACUCCUCAAUGAGAAAAACGCUGUGAUUGACAGCCUCCAGGAGCAGGUGGGCAACGCCAAGGACAAACUACUGCGCCUCAUGUCAGCCAGCCAGUCGGGCGAGGACCAGAACAUGGACUCCUCUGCCACCAACCUCAACUCCUCCUCCACUCAGACCACGGAGCUUCAGUCCGACGGCCCGUCUUCUUCUUCUCUACCUCAGAGAGUCGCUAAAUCUCAACUCUCACCUCCUCACCUCACUGCUGCUGCUGUUUCGUCUCCUGCCGUUACGCUGUUGCCAGAGCGUCCCGCUGCUCCGAACUCCUCGAACCCCAGGACGGCUUCCUCCCCGCUCCCUCACGAUGUGUAUACGGAUGAAAAUCUAAAGAGUGUGUCGAUCCAUGGCUCUACAGACAAAGACACGAGAACAGGGGGGGAUCUCAAACAGCCCGUGUCCCUCCCGUCCUCUGCAAUACCUCGGACAGCAGAGCAGACCGUCGACUUUGUCACGUCCCUACAGGGCCGUAGAGGGUUGCACCCAUUUCCAGUUGAAACUUUUAGCAACUAUUGUGGCCAGGCAUCUCAGCUGAGGCCGACUGGCUUUGUGAGCAGUGAGCAGUUGCAGGAGAUCCUACAUGAGCUCAGUCUGGAUGCGGUCUUGGAAGGCGCACUGAGAUCUCCCAGUCAAACAGCCAGGACGCCCUCUGAGUCAAAAUUCUCUGCACUCUCGCCGCUGUCCCUGCGGACGCCACGCUCCCCUCAUCCGCCCGUCCUCUUCCGUUACCCCAGCAUCUCCCCGUACGCCAUGAGAAAACGUCGGCCACCGUUCAACUCUUCCAGAAGAGGUUUGACGCCUCCCUGCUUCUACACCGGUUGUGGGAAGAUAAAGGAAAAGUGUGAACGCCAACAUCCAGGUGGGAACCAUGACAAGGCGACUGUGGAUGGGACCUUCCUCCAGGUCCACAACAGUGACCUUGGGCUGCAGGAGGAGGACGAGGAGGAGGAGGCAGAAAGCCAUAAAGCCCAAAGAAAGAGUCGGAGGAGUGUUUCGAGGUGUCACAGAUGUUCAGCGUUGCGCUGCACAGAAAACGAUCACACAGAUCCACCUGAUGUGGAGGCAGGUGGGGAUAAUGAGCAGCACCACAGACACAUUAGAGACUCCUGUGGGUACUGGGACUCAGACUCCAGCAGCUCAACAGACUACUGUUACUACCAUCGUCCGUACUGCGACUCCUGCCUGCAGCGGGGCUCGCUCCUCUCCUCCUCGGACUCCUCGGACUCCUCGGACAGCGAGUACGAAAGCUUCGCCAGCCUGUACCGCUCCUCGCACCCUGUGGUGUUCAAAGAAGACCUCAAACCCACCUUUGUAUGAGAACGGGUUCACUGCACUUUACAGGGCCAUGCCUUUUUACCAUUGGAAUUCAUGUCGUAAAUUUUAUUAAACAUAUGGCAAAUGCGUAUCUUAUAUAAUUUGAGUGAAUAUGUUCUGCUGUUUACUUUUUAAAAUAUGAAUUAUGGUCUUAUUUGUAUAUUUCUGCUGUCCCAUGAAACCCUUUCAUUCCAAAACUGUCUUAACCCUAGAACACUAACGUGAAAUUAGUAACACCAUCACUAACGCCGGGUUAAUUUUACCUGAUAUAAUAUACCUGAUAAAAAAUACUUCUCAACAAAAUAUAUUAAUGUACCACAAUACAUGGCAAUUUGAAGUACUCUUCUUUUAUUUUCGUGGAUAUAACAUCUCAUAAAACGGAAGAAAAGGUAUCAUGAGGGACCCUAUAAAAAGGCUCUAAAUUUAGUAAAAAAUUAGGGGGUCGUUAAAGAAAAAAAAAAAAAAGAAAAAAAAUGGAGCUGGGAGCUUGUUCUUCGGUCCAGCCGUUCUUGGGACAUGUCCGGUGAAGGCACAGUCUCCAUGCAUCAUUUACAACUUAUUUUAUAUUCAACAAAUAUUGUACCCUCUAUCACUAAUGCCAAAAAUUACCCAAACACGUAUAAAAAACAAGAUUGGGAGCAGUGAAACAAGCCGACCUUCUAUGACGUCAGUGAAAAGACUGAAGCUACCCAAGGACCCACACCACUCAGUUAGCAGCAACACAAUGAAAAAAUCCCUUGACCACACUCAUCUGGGUUAGCUAAAAGCUAAAUGAAAGGUUUUCACGUGAUAGUUAUUAGCUAUGUUAUAUUUAUUUUAAUAUUUAUUAGCGGUUGUUUUGGGAGUACAGAGUCAUUUUCUGUCUCUUUUAUUGUUUCUCACUGUAAAAUGUGUUAAUGAAAAUGUUGCACUGCCAUUUUGUUGCAUAAUCUGCAUUUUGUUGUUUACUUUAAGUUUUAAAGGCCCUUCGUUGUCUGUACAACACAACACUUGUUGUCAAUUGCUUCCCAUCAACAGCUGGUUUACGGGACACCGCACGCUAUCAGAGGAACUGGUGUAAACAGGUCACUGCUACAUUUCUACAC